AAGACAAUUUAGGAAAUACUGCCAAAAAGACAUGAACUUAUCACCAAAAACAGCCUCUAGCAUUUCAUAUGUAUCAAGUAUGCUUCUAUUUUGUUUAUGACACCUAUGUAAUUCUUUCUGUGUGUUUUUAAAUGUUGAUUACAGGUAAAUUGAAAGAAAAUCUACCUCAAUUACAGAAAGUGUGUACUAUUUGGUAUGGUUGUGAUGGAUGAAUGUUUGUCAGUAUUUUGGUGAAAAAAUGAUUUUUGUAAAAUGUACAGCUUUUGAACUAGUAAAGUUAAAUUUUUAGAGUUCUGAUUAAAAUUCCUAAAAACUUGAGAACAAAAGGGCCAUACGGACACUAUGCUAAUUACAUGCAAGAACAGGAGCACAGGGCGUAGGACCCGCCCAAAACCAUAUCGGAUUGGCUAAAACAUCUGGAAAGGCGGAACCAACAAACUGUUUAAAAUACGAUGCCGCGCAUUGGAUUUUUGCUUUCACUUUCAAGUGCGCCUUUUCGUCUUGGCCUUCGCUGAGUCGACGGACCGACCAUCAUCCUGAUUGCACGAUCAACUUCUUCAAGAAUUCACUCAAAGCCUGCAAGAACCUUCGUUGAAAUUCACAGACAAAAGUCUUUUGUUCCAGCACCUUCUUGAGACGGACGUCGUCCUUCAGAAGUCUUGACUGAGCCACGCCGCUUCCUUCAACUCCGUCACGAAGGGAAAACUGCGUUUACAGGAGCAGCCAACACAAGUCAGUGCUGUAGCAAUGCAUCACCUCCUUUCCAUGUUUUUACUGCUAGCCAUUAUUGGGCAGCAUGUGAACGUUCAGGCCACAGGAAGAAAUUACAAAUCAGUGUUGACCGUGUCUAACGGAAUGUCCUGGGGGUCGUGGGGUCAUCAGGACAUGUGUCCAACUGGAAUGUAUGCUGCAGGAUUCAGUCUGAGGGUGGAAAGUCAUGUCUCUGGUGAUUUUGAUGAUACAGCACUCAAUGGGAUUCGUCUUCACUGUGUAUAUUCGUCCAGAGUAUCGGCCGCAAAUGUUGUGUCCAACGCAGGACACUGGGGUGAGUGGACAAAUAUCAAGUGGUGUCCUUCUGGAUUCUUAAAGGCUUUCCAGCUGAGAGUCGAAUCUGCCCAAGGAAAGGGUGAUGAUACGGCCGCAAACAACAUCAGGUUCAGCUGCAGUGAUGGUGUUGUGCUGACGGGUGACGGCACAGGCUGGGGUGAUUGGGGCGACUGGAGCUCAGCGUGUGGUGGAAGAGGAAUCUGCGGCAUCAAGACGCGGGUAGAAAAUCCACAGGGAAAUGGAGAUGACACCGCUCUCAAUGACGCGCGCAUAUACUGCUGUGAAUGAGGUGAUGUGAUCACAAUCUAAACCUCAGACUGACACAUACUGCAGAUCAACUCAAUCUGUUUGUUCUUUCAGGUGUAGGAGGAUGACAACAAGAACAGCAAGAAGACCAAUGGAUUGUCAUAAUUGAUCAUCAUACUAUGAUAAGCUAACAUGAACCAUGUCAUACAACAGUUUUGUAAGGGAUAAUGCACAGUCAGUCGGUCAUUAUCACAAAACAAAGUCUAAAAGAAUCUGAGGCUGACUGGACAUCAUCUCACCUAUUAUUGGAGUUGAUAUUAUUUUAUUCCUUCUAGUAAAUUUCUUCUAUUCUUCGAAAGACUCCCGAACUUCUGCUGUCAGUCAAAAUGGGUGCCAAAUAUCAGCAUUAAAGACUUUCUAAACAGAACCUUGUAGUUUCACAUUCUUUUGCACAACACUUCACAUCAUUUAUUAGAUUAGUGCAUGUGGCAGAUGGUUAUAUCUAAAGCGACUUAUAAUGCAUUCUUAUCCGUUCAUGCAUUCCCUGGGAAUGACCAGCAUACUCUACAGCAGGGGUCAGCCACCUAUUGCUGGAACAUGAGCAAAAGGGAGAGAGGUGUAUUUUAUUCAGAUAAAGUACCAUGUAUCUGCAUACAGAUUUACAUUUUGAGGUAAUCAAUCCUCAUAGUAGAUUAGAAUAUAACUUUGGCAGCAAACAACAGGAGUAUAAAAGCCAGAAGAGUUGAUUUCCUCUUUGGAUACUGAUCAUUAAACCCCCAACGCCUAGAAGCCCAGUGCUAAUUCAAAGUGGAAUUAUUGUAUUUUAUACUUUAAUGAAGUUUUAUUUGUGUUACGG